GCAGUGUGCAGUGUAUUAUUAUUGUUUAUCCGUCGGGCAGCUAAGCCGAGGUCCGCAGUCCGAAAACAAACCGCAGCUCGAGAAUUUCUAAAUUGGAUUACGCGAAGCGUCCGAGAGUUGGAUUAGAUUUUGUCGCUGCGGUUCGUCGGAAAAUCUUGACUCCCUUGUGACGCUGGCUGUAUUAUAUUGGUCUCUGUAUGCCUAUAUACCUGCGAGAGCUGUGUACGACUUUUUCAAUGGAGAAAAAGUAUCGAGAGGUACGCGCAGCCGUUGCUUUACGGAUUGAGAGAUGGAAAAUCAGGCAAAGCCGGAGUUAGUCGGACGAGGAGAAUCUUCUUGUCAACAUGUUAAGUCUGAUCUAUAAGCUAAAGAUUAGACGAUUGGAACCGCCCUGUCAAAACUUGCCACCAGGCGAUCUGCGGUUGCCGGGUCCGGGGCCUGGACCGGUGAGGUGUACCUUACGGAAGCACAAGCCAAAUCGCAAGCCUCGCACGCCCUUCACGACGCAGCAGCUCCUCUCCCUGGAGAAGAAGUUUCGAGAGAAGCAGUAUCUGACCAUCGCCGAGAGGGCCGAGUUCUCCUCCUCGCUUCACCUCACGGAGACGCAGGUGAAAAUCUGGUUCCAGAACCGUCGGGCCAAGGCGAAGCGUCUCCAAGAAGCCGAGAUCGAGAAGCUGAGGCUCUCGGCCCGACCCUUGCUCCACCCGAGCUUCGGUUCGAGCCUCAUGUUCUCGGGCGUCGGUCCGCCGGGUAGUCCGGCAGUGCCGCCCUUCAUCGCCGCGGCCAUGGCCAGGCACACGCACGCCGCGGCCGCCGCUGCCAUGUUCAUGGCGCCUCCCGGACACCGACCCUAGGACUCGCAGUGAAUUCCCCCCCCCCCCUAAUAUUCACGACUCUCUUCUCUCUGAUCUCAGCCAUGUUGCGAAUCUCUCGGCCGUUUUGCUUCUUCUCGACGGCCGACGUCGCGCAGUGAUACACACUUAUAUAUACUGCACCGGAGACGUUCCGCGCCGAUAUGGACUGCCUACAUAUACCGAUGAUAUAUCGUAUAGUCUGACGACGAGUAUACUACGAGCGUGUCUGAGCACUUUAGUCUGUAAAUAGUGUACAUAUAGCUCGUACUAGGAUUUGCGCUCGAAUUCAAAGUGAUUGUGUUUCUUCUUUGUUCCACUGACGCAACCAAAGCUCAAGGUUCUUCUGUGCGUCGGGACAGCGCGCGGAGUUUAAUUUAACCUCGUAAUACACAUGCACCUUAUAAUAUGAAUUAUGUGGAAAGUGAGGAUUGAAAGAGCGGACUCUUGUGUAUUUAUUGACUGACGCAUCGCGUUUCCGAGUCGCCCUAUAGGAUGUUCCCUCUUCCGCGCGAGCGCAACCGCUUACUCCUUUUGUUUUUCUAUAUGUAUACCUAUAGAGAAUAGACCACUUGCGGGAGGUGACAAAUUAUUUAUUAAAGAAAAAAGAAACGGCCGCAAAAAAGUUUAACGAGUGUACAUAUGCGAGAGCGUAGGCGUGAAUAAUGGCAUUUACCGAAGCGAACGCGGAGAAGCAUGUAAAUAAUGUACCUAAUGCAUAAGACGCUAACUUAACGAUAUUGUGAAUCGACGAUGACGUGUAGAAAUUGUGCGCGCGAUUUGGAUUGUAACUACGGACUCUGUAUAAAUGUAUAACAUGAUAAUUUAUCCACGCAGACUCGCGUCCUAGUGAAAUAAAAGUGAUUUCAAUAAUACUA